UCUGGUCGAGGAGGGGGCACCGUCGUAGACAUGGCGAACUGAUUUUCCGCAAUCCCGCACUCGUUUUUGAUAAUUCGUCGUAAAAAAAACGCCGACACGGAAUAAUCGCCAGUAAACCCCUCGACAAAACGACCGUACGCACGCACGCCCGGCCCACCGUUCAUUCCGCGAGUGUCUCGUGCUGUAGACGUUACAAUAUUCAGCCGCGGCCCAGUGGCCGUAUAAAUAAUAUCACAUUAUUGUUCGCUAUCGGGCAUCCCGUGAUACCACCGCGACUGUGUUGCGCGUGAUGGAUCAUUGAUAUCGCGGUCGCGCACGGGUCAUCGCCGCGCGAGUGGUGCGCUGGGGAGCCGCGUCGCAGUCGUGUAGUUGUAAUUGCUGGAGUAGUAACUAUAGUAGUUAGUGUGCGCCGUCUGCGGUAUCGUGUGCCGUGUCUGAGACCGCCCGCGCAAAAAUCGGUAAAUUAAAGAAAAAAGGCGACCGUCGGCCUUCCACCAAAGGGAGCCGGAUAAACGUCGUCGUCAUGGAACAAAUACCCACGACAUCGAGCGGCGGAAACGCCACGGCUGCACCGUCGUCAGCCGGCCCCUCGUUCACGCCCCCGACACCCGUCCAGCCCUCGGACAACAAUUGCAUCGACAAAAGAUUGCAGUCUGUCUCCGAGUCGGAAUACCAAGACGACGAGUACGACGAACCUGAUCACCAAAUGUACUUGUCCGGGUCGUCCGGUUCCGAAGGAGAAUUAUCAGAAGUUGGUAGGUUUGGUAUAAAUCGAGAGAAAUUAUGUCGAGAUCCUAAUAACCAUUUAAAUUCAACCUUUCUAAUAGCAGCAGACGAUACAGAUACUGAACAAAGUAUAGAAGGAGAUCCUGACACCCAUCGCCAAUUAGAAGCACUUCUUCAAGCAGCAGGAUCUAUGCUUAGGCCAAGUGCAAACGUAUGCGGUUUAGGUCUGACUAAACUGGGCGUUCCAAUUGAGACGACCACAGACCCUGAAGUGCUGCGAAAAUUAACGAAUAGUGUUUCUUGUGCUUUAGACGAGGCGGCAGCAGCUUUGACACGGAUGAGAGCAGAAACCAAAAAUGAUAAUAAGACCCUAGUCGAAGCAUGUCAUGAUGGUGACGUUGGAGCUGUUCGUAAACUGCUAACAGAAGGUCGAUCAGUUCAUGAGACAUCUGAAGAGGGAGAAAGUUUGUUGUCCCUUGCCUGUUCAGCAGGUUAUUACGAAUUAGCUCAGGUCUUAUUAGCAAUGCAAGCCAAUGUCGAAGAUAGGGGUAUUAAAGGAGAUUGUACACCACUUAUGGAAGCUGCGUCUUCUGGAUUUGUGGAGAUUGUUAGGCUCUUACUUGCUCAUGGAGCUGUUGUAAACGCUUUAUCAUCCACAGGAAAUACACCAUUAAUGUAUGCAUGUGCUGGAGGCCAUGUUGAUACUGUUAAAGAACUUUUAAAUUAUGGAGCUAAUGUUGAAGAUCAUAAUGAAAAUGGACAUACACCCCUCAUGGAAGCUGCAAGUGCUGGGCAUGUUCCAGUGGCAAAAAUUCUACUCGAACAUGGAGCUGGUAUUAAUACUCAUUCCAAUGAAUUUAAGGAAAGUGCUUUAACAUUAGCAUGUUAUAAAGGCCAUCUAGAAAUGGUUCGUUUUUUGUUAGCUGCUGGAGCUGAUCAAGAACAUAAAACAGAUGAAAUGCAUACUGCUUUAAUGGAGGCAUCGAUGGAUGGUCAUGUCGAGGUUGCGAGACUUUUAUUAGAUUCUGGUGCUCAAGUUAAUAUGCCAACUGACAGUUUUGAGUCGCCUCUCACAUUAGCUGCAUGCGGUGGCCACGUUGAGCUUGCAUUAUUGUUGAUUGACCGUGGGGCCAAUAUUGAAGAAGUUAAUGAUGAAGGCUAUACUCCUCUCAUGGAAGCUGCUCGAGAAGGUCAUGAAGAUAUGGUGUCCGUUUUGUUGAGUAAAGGAGCAAAUAUUAAUGCACAGACUGAAGAGACUCAAGAGACUGCUCUGACCUUAGCAUGUUGUGGAGGAUUUUUGGAUGUGGCUGAUUUCCUAAUAAAAAAUGGUGCAAUUUUGGAGCUUGGUGCAUCAACACCCCUUAUGGAAGCAGCUCAAGAAGGACAUAUAGACCUGGUUCGAUACCUUUUAGAAUGUGGUGCAGAUGUUCAUGCUCAAACUACAUCAGCUGAUACAGCACUGACCUAUGCUUGUGAAAAUGGCCAUACAGAUGUUGCUGAUUUGUUACUUCAGUUUGGUGCUAAUCUUGAACACGAAUCUGAAGGUGGUCGUACACCUUUAAUGAAAGCAUGUAGGGCUGGCCACUUAUGUACUGUUCAAUUUCUAAUAUCUAAAGCCGCUGAUAUAAAUAGAGUCACUGCCAAUAAUGACCAUACACCUUUGUCACUUUCCUGUGCUGGAGGUCACCUUUCAGUUGUUGAACUACUGCUCGCUCAUUCAGCUGAUCCUUUUCAUAAACUAAAAGACAACUCAACCAUGGUUAUAGAAGCAGCCAAAGGUGGUCAUACGAAUGUCGUUAAAUUGUUAUUAGAUUAUCCACAUUCAGUUAUGUUAACACCUCCUGUAUCACCUGUACCUACUACUCCUGCUGAAGAUGUGCCAGUUGUUGAUGAAUCUGCCUUAUCUGAAGUGCAGGUUAUGUCCAAGGCUCAUGCAAUUGCUGGUAGAAUAGUAGAAAGUUAUGGGCCUAAUGCCAAACAUAAUGCAAAUUCUUGCAUACAAAAAGCUAUGAUAAGGAAAGCACAACUUAACGCACCCAAUAGUUCGUUUAGUGAUGUUCAGUUUAAAAUUCAAUUACCCAAAGAAAACAAUGUCAAAGCUAAUACUCCUACUUCCAAACCACUUAUUAAUACAGCUGCAAUCGAGCAACAAUUAUUUAAAAGGCAACAAAUUGCUGAAGAUCUUAAAAGAGUCGAACAAGAGUUAAAAGAAAAUGGAAGUCUUUCAAUGGUUACGUUGAUGACAACACCUCCUCCGUUAUCAGCGUCAUCACCCGGUGUUUUAGAUUCCAGCACUUCAUCUAAUGGUUCAAUUGCAGAAUCGUCAGCAAGUAACACAUCUGUGGGUUCAAAUAAAGUAGGAGAAGCAUCAAAAAAUAAUCUUAGCCAACCUGUGACUGCUAGUUCUGAUGUAGUUCAAACAACUGCGAUUAGUGAUAGACCUAAAAUCAAAGCCAAAUUUAAAAAGAAACCAGCCCAGCCACUAGCAGGAAUGACGAGUCUUAAUGAAGCAACUCAAGCAACAUUAGAUGCCAAUUAUGCUAGAGGCGUAAUGGCAGGAGUUGCAGCAAUGAAACCACAAUUUAAAGCUGAAUUUAUUGAAAGACACUCAGGUGAUGGCUGUGAUAAAGAAUUAGCAGCUCGUAUGAUCAAAUUUUGUGAAGAGCAAACUGCUAAACGAGAAGCAAAUGAUGGUGGACAUGCCAACCUUAAAGAAUUAAUGAUUAGUUCUCUAAUGAGUGAACACCUAUUAAAAGUUCGUAAGGACCUACAAAUUCCAGAUAAUAUGGUGAAGAAUUUAUUGCCACUGUCUGGAGCCUUACAUGACAGUUUACCUCAUGGUACAACUGGUUUGUUGCCAUUACCCGGUGAUCUUAAUACACGAAUUGACUUUAAAGCUUUAAAUUGUAUUGAUGCAGAACUUCUAGAAAAUUUAGUUAGGGAAUCCCCGCUCACACUUGAAGAUAUAUCAAACUUACCAAAUAUAGAUGAACGACUUCAAAAAGAAAUUCAAAACCACCGUUGCAAUAUCAAUUCUUCUGAUUCUGGAUUAAGCAGUACUUUUUCUUCUCAAUCAUUCAAAAAUUAUGUUCAAAAUCAAACAUCUAUUGAUUUUAGAAUUAAAAAUUUAUCAUCAAUGGAUAUAGCUAAUUUUGCGGGUGCAGUGUCCCAGCUUAGUUUGGAUGAAACGACAGCACAACAACCUACUACUGCAACAAUACCUACAUUGAUCAACUGUGUUCCUACGCAAGUGGCUGCCGCUACUCAAACACCAUCAGAGUCAGUGUCAUCAAAUAAGCGUUCAGCGACAACUACAUCAACAACUACUGCUAUGACAACUACUACAAAUAAAGGUAAAAAGGCGCGCUAUCAAGUUCGGCCCCAGCCACCAAGUUCAGCCCCCCAAUCUGGAUCAAAUAACACCCCAGCAUCAAAUUCUGUUGCCCAAUCGGAUGUCGCUAGCUCCAGAUUCUCCACUACUACUGGAGAGUCAUAUGGCAGUGAUGCUGACAUAUCAUAUGGCAUCAAUGUAGAUUCACAAACAGAGAGCAACCAUGAUACAGCUUUAACAGUUGCAUGUGCUGGUGGUCAUGAAGAGUUAGUUAAACUUUUAUUAGUCCGAGGUGCAAAUAUUGAACACAGAGAUAAAAAAGGAUUUACUCCAUUAAUAUUAGCAGCUACAGGAGGUUUUGAUAAAAUUGUUGAAAUUCUCCUGAGUAAUGUAGCUAAUAUGGAAGCACAGUCUGAACGGACAAAAGAUACACCUUUAUCUUUAGCAUGUUCUGGUGGCCGUUAUGAGGUUUGUGAUCUAUUGCUUCAAAGAGGAGCAAACAAAGAGCAUAGAAAUGUUUCGGAUUAUACCCCAUUGAGUUUAGCAGCUUCUGGUGGUUAUGUGAACAUUAUAAAAUUAUUAUUGAGUAACGGAGCAGAAAUAAAUUCUCGAACUGGUUCCAAGUUGGGAAUUUCUCCUUUAAUGUUAGCUGCUAUGAAUGGACAUACAGCUGCUGUCAAGUUACUAUUAGAUAUGGGCAGUGAUAUAAAUGCUCAAAUUGAAACGAACCGUAAUACUGCGCUCACAUUAGCUUGUUUCCAAGGCAGACAUGAAGUAGUCUCAUUAUUAUUAGACCGAAAAGCUAAUGUAGAACAUAGAGCUAAAACUGGAUUAACACCUUUAAUGGAAGCAGCUAGUGGUGGCUAUGUUGAAGUUGGUAGAGUAUUAAUUGAUAAAGGAGCUGAUGUAAAUGCUAAUCCAGUGCCAUCUUCUCGUGAUACUGCUCUCACAAUAGCAGCAGACAAGGGUCAUGUACGAUUUGUAGAACUACUACUAGAAAAAAAUGCAUAUGUGGAAGUAAAAAAUAAAAAAGGAAAUUCUCCUUUAUGGUUAGCUGCCAAUGGUGGUCAUUUAGGUGUAAUUGAAUUACUCUACAAAGUUGGUGCCAAUAUAGAUUCCCAAGAUAAUAGAAAAGUUACCUGUUUAAUGGCUGCAUUUCGUAAAGGCCAUGUCAAAGUAGUGAGGUGGAUGGUAAACCAUGUAUCACAGUUUCCAAGUGAUCAAGAAAUGACACGAUUCCUUACUACAUUGAGUGAUAAAGAGUCUAUUGAUAAAUGCCAUGAUUGUAUGAUUGCUAUUCGGAUAUCAAAAGACCAGCAAGCAGCUAGAGCCAAUAAAAAUGCUUCUAUAUUGCUUGAAGAACUUGAUAUGGAAAAGACUAAAGAAGAAUUAAAAAAGGCUUCUGCUGCUCGUCGAAAAAUGAAAAAGAAAAAGAAAAAACAAGCCAAAAGUGGUAAAAAAUUGGAGGAAGAAACAGAAGAAAAGAAUGAUGAACAAGAAAUUGAUGAUGAAGAAGAAGAAGAAGACGAAGAAGAAAUCCCCGUUAUAGUAUUGGUUGAAAUGAAGAAAAAAGUUGAUUUAAAAAAGAAGGGCAAAGUUACUGUACUGAGUAAUGUGAUGUCAGCAGAUGUUGAAGAGGGUGAUAGUGGAAUUGAUGCCAACAGCCAAGGAAGUUGUAGUAGUACAGAUGCUAAAAAUGCUGCUGCUGCUGCUGCUGCUGCUGCUCGAGUAGUAGCCCAAACCCAAAUUGCAUCUUCCAAUAAAAAAGAUAAAAAGAAAAAAGGGAAGGAAGUUGCAGUAGAAGUCAAACCCACUUCAUCUACUACAAAUUCUAAAUUAACUACUAAUUCAGCUGCUACUCAAACAAAUGCAGCCAAAGUAAAUUCUUCUCAAACUAAAUCAAAUAAGGAGAAGAAAAAUCAAGUCAAUUCAACUCAGAGUAAAAUUGUUACUAGUGCAGUACCUCUCACCAAAACUGAGAUUAUUCCUCCAAUAGUAACUAAAAACGCACAACUAAAAACUAAAGUUCAACAGCCAAAUAACAAUGUUACAAAUACCACCCGUAAAGAAUCUGUUAAAGUGAAUAAUUAUAAAGGAAACAACAAGGUUGUCAAUAAUAUGGUUUUUGAAUCAACACAGAAUCCAGCUGCUCGUGAAGAUUUUGAAGCUACAGGAAGUGAAAACUUUCUUGUUAAGCAUAAAAAACAACAUCCAACUGAAGAAUAUAUUCAUGUUGGUGCUAAAACUUCUAAUGUUAGUCCUGUGAAGCAAACUCGUGGGCGUGAAGAAGGAUGGAAAGAAGUUGUUCGAACUCGGUACCUUGCCUCUCCUUACAGAAGUAAAAAAGUAUCUGUGCCAUUAAAUGCAAUCAGCCGUGUAAUUGGACGUGGUGGGAGUAACAUAAAUGCCAUAAGAGCUUCAACUGGAGCAUUAAUUGAGGUGGAUAAUCAAAGUAAAGGACAAGGAGAAAGAAUAAUUACUAUAAAAGGAUCAACAGAUGUCACUAAACAAGCUCAUGAUUUAAUUGCUAUGCUAAUUAAAGAUCCAGAAGUGAAUAUUAUGAGCGUUAUUGCAAAAAAUCCUAAAGUUACUAGUGCUUGGGAUAAAUCUGUGAAUAAUGCUAAAGCCAAAACUGCAGCAGCUGCCGCAUUACCACAAAAACCUGUUGUUACUCAACCAAUUACAGUUGUAGCUACUUCUAAAUUAACGUUUACACCAUCGAUUGUUGCUUCUAUGACCAUAAAGCCUACAAUCACUGUCAAUGGACCUCGACCUACUGUUGCCGCUGUAGCUGCAGGCGAAAAGAAGAUUACAACAAGUACUGUCAAACCAACAAUGUCCUAUACAAAUGCCAUAAUAUCCUCUUCAGAUUCAAUAUCUAAACCUUCACAACAACCUCAACCACCUGCUCCUUCUAAAGUUGUUCAAUCUGUUUCUGUAACUCCAUCAACUACUGCUACUGUUACUGUAUCUGUAACACCUAUUACAACAGGAAGUGUGUCCGCUUCUGCAUUAACUGUUGUGACCAAAUCUACCAAUGCGUUACCUCUUGCUCAACCUAAACCACAACAAGAAUCAUCAUCUGUUACUACUCAUCAUCCAGUUGCUAUUGUGUCACCGAUGGUGAGCAGUGCUCCAUUACCACCUCAACCACAAAUCAAGCCUCAAGUUGUGGAUGCUUCAGAGUAUUCAUUAUUUGAUUCAUUUUCUAAAAUAUCUGUUCAAACAAUGUGGGGUAGAGAUGGGGAAUGUGGAGGACAAAAACCAAGUGUUACAUUUACCGGGGGUAAUCAUAUUCCAGCUGUUACCCCAUCAAUUGGAACAAUUGGUCAACCUAAAAAAUAUUUGGAAACAGACACACCAAUGGCUGACGCAUCAAAAGCACCAGGUUAUCGAGGAGCUGGCCUAUCAUCUCCAAUUUCUUCCAAAACUGGAGGUGGAAAUACUGGAAGUACAAAUGGUAGUCGUACCACAACACCUCCUAUGAGUAGUUCACCUGUCACACAAUACAACAAUAAUACAGGCAUCCAACCUACCGUUCAACAACCUCAACCAGAACCUUACCAUACACAAUCUCAACAUCCAUACAUCUCUGAUCAAACUCAUCAGUCAGCACAAAUAAAUGUUGAGCGUUCAAGAUUAAACCCACGAGCACCAGACUUUGCUACUAUUAAAUCUAACCAAAAUAUGGUUCAACCUCAACAAGUCUACAAUAAUCAAGUACCACAAAAUUUCCUUCAACCUCCUAUGGUACCCAAUGUUAUGCCAUUUCAACAAAAGUUUCAUCAACAAUUACCAAAUUUAAGAGUUGCACCCAACAAUCCUAAUCGUUGGACUCAUUUUAUUAAUCAACCUCCUCCUCCGUUUGGACGACCUGCCUUACAUCCAGUUAAUGGCAAUGCAGAAAUGUUUGCAGGAAUGGAAGCAACUGCUAGCCCACCAAAUAUGUCACCUAAUCUUGAUGAACGAAAAGCUCCUCCUAAACCAAUUGGUACAGAAAGAGCAUGGAAGCAAAAUCUAAUAGGAGAAAAUCCUCAUCAGCAACAACACGCAAAUUGGUCAGACAUGAAAAUGCAUUGGGCUCAUCACGACCUUUUCCGUACCCCUCCUCCACCACCUGUUAAUUUUCCACUUGGACCUAGACCUAUGAUGGACGAACAUAAUUUAUUUGAUACCUACCAGUCCACUGAACAUCUAACGAGUGCUAAUAUGAAUCACCAUAUGAUGCAAACAAUGCCAUUGUUUGCGGCAAAUGGUCACUUAGAACAACAAUCCCAUCACCUUUUAGCAUCAAAUCAUCACGGUCCUGGUCAAAUGGCAUUUGACCCAAAAUUAGAAUGGGACCAAUCUAGAAGUCAACAACAGCAAGCCCAACAACAGUCUCAGCAGCAAGCUCCUAUGAACACACCAUUUCCGUUCAUUUUUUAAUUGCACGGCGAUCCAAAAUAUACUGCCUAAAUAGCUGAAACGCAGACAUAUAUUUUUUGUUUCUCUAAUUUAAAAUCUGAAUAUGGUUUCUGGUCUUAAAGUUAAAAAAAAAAAAGAAUGCAAACAAUUAUUAAAAAUAACAAAAUUAUAAUGCAUUAUUUUGUAUGGUUUCAUUAUUGGAACAAAAAUGUCUUUUUUCACGUUAUUUUUUACAUUCAAAAUAUAUAAUACAAGUACUUCGUCUUUUUUUAAAAAAAAUUUUUUAGCGAUAUGUUAUUACACUUUUACUACUACGGCUUAGGGUUUCUUUAAUAUCUAUUCUGUUAAAGAAAUUGUUAUAUUAUUAUAAAUAUUGCAUUCAUAUGAAAUGUACGGAUGAAAAAAUAUAAUUAUUUAUAUACUAUCGAA